AUGGCUUCUGCAUCAAAACUCCCAGAGCACACCAUGCUUUCUGCUUCAGAACAAUUGGAGCUACCCAGAAGUGCAAAGGUUUGGUUCCCCAUAUUUUUCAACAUCAAGAACCAGAAUCUGAAAUGUAGUUUGAAAAAUGUAUUUGUUGAUAUUCUUGGAAGCAUGAUUAAUAUAAUAUCGAUUUGCUUCUUCGCAAUAAAGGAAAUGUGGAAUUGUCCAAAGAUUUCUUUGCCAAAUUCGCUGAGGACUUUGACAAUGAUGAUGCAAAUCGAAGCUGCUUCUUGCCAUGGAAUCACGAUUGUUGGUGGGUCUGUGCCUGAAUGGAGUAAUGGUCGCUUGUAUAAUACUAGUUGUGUGUUUGGACCUGAUGGGCAAAGCAUAGGAAAAAUUCUUGACGGAGAAAGUAUAUGCUCUUUGCAGAUGCAUCUGUUUGAUGUUGACAUUCCGGGAGAUAUAACAUUGAAGGAAUCUGACAUAUUCACUGCAGGAGAUAAGCCUACCAUCGUGGACAGAGGGCAGCAGAUAGCCAGAGAUUCUUGUAGUGGCUAUGCAAUAUGGGGCCAGUACUCUACCCUUGUUGGACUGUCUGGUGAGAUAAUUGCUACCUCGGGGCAUGAAGAGAAUGUGAUAGUUGCUGAGAUUGAUUAUUCCAAGAUUGAACUCCAAAGGAAAAGCCUUCCACUUGACAAGCAAAAGCGGGGAGAUAUUUACCAGUUUGUUGAUGAAUGUGAAGAACAAAAGCAUCAGAAGAAUGAGCCUUAUGAAGAGGAGAUCCACUCGCAAUAA